CUGGGGCUCGUGUGGGCUGAGCUGGGCCAUGGAGGCAGACCCGGGCAGGGGCAAUGACUGGGGGGUGGACCCCCGGGCAUCCUAUGCACCCCCCACUCUGCCGUGGGUCCCCGGCUGCCCACCCAGGGCCUUGCCUGGGGCCACAGGGCCACCACGGGGAUCCGAGUAACAGCAGUGUCCUGGGGCAGGGCGCGGCGGGGGCCCCGCGGCUGACCUCCCUCGUCUGGGCAGGAUCCUGCCGCCAUAGCCGUGGCCGAGCCCCAGGGCAUCCCAGCCCCGCUCCCACGCAGCACCCCAGUCCCGGCAGACCACGUCCCGUGGCCGUAAACAGAACUGUCUCCGCGGCAACCAGCAGGGCUGGAGCCGGGCGCAGAGCAGCACCGGCACCGCCGCAGCCACCAUGACCGUGAUGGGGGACCAGGGCCCACGACCGCCGGCGAGCCAGGAGCCGGUGCAGGCGGAGGAGGAGGACGAGGAGAUGACCCCGGGGAGGCGAGCCUGCCGGCGCUGGGCCUUGCUCCAGGCUGCCCUCCCGGAGGCCGUGGAGAAGCUGACGAAGCAGGAGCUGCAGCCGGCCCGCCUGGCCCACGGCCUGCAGCACGUGCAGCACCUGUCCUUCCCCGACGCCGUGCGCCACGUGGCCUACGACAGCCGGGCCACGCGCUUCGUGGUGCUGGACGCCCGGGGCCAGCUGCACCUGCACGGCGCCGACGGCUGGGACGACGGCUGCGUCCGCGCUCCGGCGCCGCUCGAGGGGCUGCUCCACGCUGCCGCCCCCAACGUCUUCGUGGCCUGGGGCGGCGGCAGCCUGCAGGUGCUGGACCCUGCCUUCCGGCCGCUCUCGGUCGCGCCGGCCCCGCACGGCGUGCGCUGCUGCCUCUACAGCCCCGAGCUGGAGCGCGUGCUGACGGGCGCCGACGGCUGCCUCUCCCUCUGGGCUUUCCGCUACGGCGCCCGCCAGCUGCACUGCGAAGCCACUGUGCAGCAGGGCCUGGCGCCCACGGACGCUCUCACCCACCUGGCCCUGGACGCUGGCCCCGGCGGCCCCCGGCGCUGCUUCGCCGUCUGUGGCACUGGCGUGGCCGUCUUCGACGUGCUGGACGGGAAGCUCACGGCCUUCUGCAGGGAGCUGCAUAACAGGGCCAUCACGGACCUGGUGUACUGCGAGGAGGAGGCGUGCGUGGUGACGGCGUCCCGUGACACCACCAUCAAGGUCUGGGACCAGGACUGGCUCAUCCGCACCAUCUUCGUGGGCCACACGGGCCCAGUGACGGCGCUGACCGCGUACCCGCAGCGGCCGCUGGUGCUGUCGGCCGCGCAGGACGGGACGCUGCGCACCUGGCACCUGCAGACGGCGGACCAGGUGGACGAGGUGGCGGUGGAGGGGCCCGUGGCGCGGCUGCAGGCGCCCGCCGGGAGCGGCUGCCUGGUGUCGCUGGGCGGCAGCGCCGUGGACCUGUGGCGGGUGAACGAGCUGUACACCCUGCACACGCGGCUGGGCGCCGCCGUCACGCAGCUGCACGUGCCCGCCCCGGGCGCCGGCUUCCCGCUGAGGGCCGUGUGCGUCUGCGGGGACGCGGCCGUGCGCCUGGUGGCCGCCGGCACCGGGCAGGUGCUGUCUGUGCUGCGGGUCGAGCCACCGCGCACGGUGCUGCACGCGGCCUACUGUCUGCCCCGCGAGACCCUCCUGGUGCUGCUGCAGGGCGGCGAGCUGCUGCGCGCCAACGCGGCCGUCAGCCCCAUGGCCGUGCAGCGCGUGGGGCCGGCCCCCGCCCGGGCCUGCUCCCUGCUGCUCUACAGCCACGUGGCGGACGGCGCCGCGGCCCUCGCCCGCUGGCGGGAGGUGCUGGAGCAGCACGGCGACCGCAAGCACUGGUACCGGCUCCCGGUGCACCUGCAGGAGAAGAACCGGUACCUGCCGGUGGUGGGGUGCGAGGACGGCCGGCUGUGCGUGCUGGACUGGCUCUCGGGCCGGGUGCAGUGCCGGCUGGAGGCGCACGGCUCGCGGGGGGUCACCGCGCUCGCCGCCUACCCCGACCGCAGCGCCCUCGUGUCCGAGCAGCGGUGUCGCCCCCGCGCAGGCGAGGACUGCGUGGUGCAGGUGUGGCGCGUCUUCCCCUACGCCGAGGACUGCCUGAGCCCGCUGCUGCGCUUCGCCUGCCCGCACCCCGUGCUGCACAUGUGCGCCCUGGGCAGCACCCUGGCCGUGGCCCUGCACGACCCCGAGAGCGCCACGUACCGCGUCGCCCACUACGACCUGCAGGCCCGCGCCCGCCGGCGCCACCCGCCCGAGGACGACCCGCUGGACGAGAUCACCGGCCUCUGCUGCUGCCCCCGGCUGAAGCUCUUCGCCUCGUCCAGCCGGGACGGGUCGGUGAAGGUCUGGAACCGCCGCAACCAGCUGCUGCGGCACCUGAAGCUGAACACCAUCCCGCACAGCCUGGCCUUCGCCAACGACCACGGGGACCUGCUGGUGGGCAUCGAGCGGCACCUCUACCGCAUCCAGCACAGCAAGUACCUGCCCCGGUCCUACCUGCUCAAGCUGGUGUGCAGGAGGUUUGUGGAGCCCACCCAGGACCCGACGCUGUCCGUGUCCGUGGCCGAUGCCCUGCUGCAGCCUCUGCCCUGGGACCCUGCAGCGGGGCUGCAGCUGGAGGCCCCGACACCCGCAGGCCGGCUGCGCCUGCCCACGCUCCGCUGGCAGCUCCCGGCGUGCCAGGACCCCGCGCGGGAGCAGCAGGAGAUGGAGGAGGCCUGUGCCCAGCUGGCCGCGCGGGACCUGGACCUGCAGCUGCUGCGUGAGGGGAAGCUGAGGGCCGGCCGGCCGCCGCAACUCAGCCAGGAGCUGCGGGACGAGGCCUUUGAGCGGUACCUGCAGAUCCUCUAUGGGCAGCAGCUCCGCGUCCAGAUUCCUGAGCAAGACGCCUUCGACGCGGACCGCGUGCUGGAGGCCUGCCUGCAUGGAGCCGACCCCUGGGCCGUCGGGGACCUGCAAGCUCUAGACACGUUCCUGGGGGCCUUCCCGGAGCCCCCCGCGGACGAGGCGGCAGGGCAGGAGCUGCAGUGGUACAGUGGGCACUUGCAUGCCCCUGGUGUCUCGUGCGGUGGUACAGUGGUGCUCACAUGCUCCCUGGUGCACACUGCAGUGGUACAAUGCAUGCUUACACGUUACCUGGUGCACUGUGCAGUGGUAGAGCAGGUGCUUGCACACUCCCUGGUGCACACUGCAGCCACCCUUUGCCCCAAGGUCCCAGCCACCGACGCUGCCCUGUUGAAGGCCCGGGAGUCUCGCCCGCGCAGGAGCCCUCCCCGAGCUGUCUCGGUGCCUGUGCUCAGCACCCCCCGGGCCCAAAUGCAGAGAAGCCUCCAGCUCCCGCCCGCACCGCAGCUCAUCAAAGGCUUCUUCCCCUCCCAAAUUACGUCCUUCACCAACAUCCAGGACCCGAUGCUGCCCAGGCUGUCGUCCGGCUACCUCCCCAACUCGGUGGCAGUGAGGCAGCUGUGGGAGCAGCAGGGCUCGGUGCAUGAGGGGCUGCAGCUGGACGUGCCGCAGGAGCUGGGGAGUGGAGAGGUCCUUGCCCAGCACCAGUGCUGGUCUGUGGAGGAGGAGGAGGAGGAAGAGGAAGAAGAGGAGGAGGAGGAGGAGGAGGAAAGCAUCCAGACAGCAUCCAGCACGUCCUGGUUCGUGGAGCCGGUGUCGGAGCCUGUGUCGGAGAGCUCCCUGGGACGCACGACCUCCCACGCCCCCGGGGCCCCGACCCAGCCAGUGCCGCUGCCCCUGCCAGCGCGUGCGCCACGGAGCGCACGAGCCCACAUGCCCUUCCACGCCUCCGUCUUCAAGCUCCAGGUCCAGCCAGUGCCGUGCAGCGUGCCAGGCCGUGCGCUGCCCCGUGCUUCCCCCUCGGAGCCGGACCGGCCGCAGCCCGCCCAGCCCCAGCCCGGGCCAAGCGUUUUCCUGACGGAGCUGGAGGAGCCGGCGUUCCCCGAGGACGGUGCCGUGCCGCCCUUCCUGCUGCCGUUCCAGGACGCGGAGUGGUUCGAGCAGGUUUACCACCGCCUCCGCUCCAUGGGCUUCCCACCGGACCUGAGCGUGAGCGAGGUGGUGAGGAAGCUGCUGGAGGUGCUGCCUGCUGCUGGGUACGCUGCCAAGACGGAUAUAGUCAGCGCCGUCCUGGCGCUGCGCGAGCACCUGGGUGCAGAGGACGGCGGCGAGGUCCACGCUGCCCUGCUUGCCGCGCUGAACCCAAGCGACCCACCCACGCUGCAGACUCAAAGGAAGUUUGUGCUGGCUGCCCUGCGUGCCCUCCUGGCCUUCUGCAGAGACAGCAAGGAGCUGCUGGUGGAGCUCAUGGCCUGCUUCCUGCAGACGCCCGUCACCCGCAGGCAAGUGCGGGGCGCCUGGGGACCAGCCAUGCGGGGGGUCAGCACCCGGUUCUCCUGGCAUCCUCAGCCCCUCGCCUCCCCCUGCUCUGCUCCCAGGGGCCCCGUGAAGGACCUCUUCCUGGAGCUGGGCCUGCAGGAUCCGCGCAGCUACUUCUACGUGGAGAUGGACUCCUGGGACUUCUCUGCGGAGAAGGAGGUCAGCAAGGCGGUGCUGCGGCGGCGGUGCGCGCAGUGGCUGGAAGGCGUGAUGCAGAGCUUCCAGGAUCACCAGCGGAGCGGUUUGGAUCUGGAGGAGGCUCUGCCGGGAAGAAAGCACAUCCUUGGCAGCAGCCCAAAGGAUAAGAAGGCGACCGCGUGGUGCAAGGCUCUGCCGUCUGCUAGCAGCCUGGCGGCGUCGGCGCAGCCCAUCGACGCUGUAAACCAUUUCUGUCGGAUGCAGCUGCGCAGGAGCUUGGAGGGGCUGAAGCCUGCCAGGAUGCAGGACGUCACGAACGCCGUGGUGGCCCUGCCCUCCCUGGGGAAGAGCCAGGCCAUCCUGCGGCUGGGAGAAACCAACACUCUGGCUCGAAGGAGAUCGCCGCAGCGGUUUUACCUCCCGCGCAUCAUCCCACGGCCUUUGUUGAAGGGUUUUGUACACGCUGUUAGACUGCCCCUGCCAAAAAUCACCCUAAGCCCGUUCCCGUACGACUUGCACGCUCCGGCUUCGCGAGAGACAUCCAUGGCCGUGCACCAGAGAGUGCAGAAGUACUUCAUCCCCAAGUCCUCCCGCGCAGACAGCUACCCCUGAGCCGCGGCGGCGCGGGGCUGUCGCAGCCUGACUUCCCCCGCGCUGCUACGAUCCCGGCGAGAUGCCCUGCAGAGGCCGCUGGACGCAGAGCGGCGGCGGUCGUCCAGCCACUUUUGGGACGUGAUGAACAGCGACUGAUUGGUUGUAGCCCUGCAACAGGCCUCCUUCCUGUCUGCAAGAUGUCUGCGUGGAGUCUAGCUGUGUUCCCGUUGCACGCGGCUGUGGGCGGCUCACGGCAGGGUGUGUUUGGUCAGGCUCGGGGGCUGCGAGAGGCUGGGGUUUCCAUUGAAGAUCUUCGUCUUCGGCGCGGCUCCCGUGGAGCCGGCGGGGAUGAAGGGCUGUGCUUUCUCCGGGAGGCGGAGGUGGGGCGACGGCCGAUGGCCGGUCUGACCGCGGAGGGGCAGGAGGAGAUUGCUACCAGCUUUGGGCUCUGGAGAAGUUCCCAGCCGCUCCCCUGCCUGGUCUGCCUGCGCCCGGGGGUGGGGCAGCCCCUGCACCCCGCUUCGCCCCGUCCUGGACCCACGAGGUGGGGGGAGAGACCGUGACGGGGGGCGAGGGGCACGUGGUGCGAGUGCGAGGACAUGGGUGUGAAGGUGUAACACGGCCCCCACUCAUUACUGAGACCCUCCUUUACCCAUUACACGUCUGGACGUGCCCAACUGGUGAGUUGUGCAGCGACACCUGCGCAGUAGCUAGCAGGCCAUCAAAAGGCCCAUCCAGCUAUGGUAUUAGAGCUGGAAAACGCGCAAUAACUUUAUGGCUGGCUUCUCUCCGGCUGCGAUU